UCGAAGCGUAGAGAGCGUCCUUUUAACGCGCUCAGUAAAAAUAAACGUCAAGACCUAGUGAUUAAUAUCAAAAAGAUUAGUUCGAUUACCUUGAGGUUUCCAACACAUUCAAGGGAACAUGGCGUGCAACAGAGCAACGAAAUCGGGAUUUGCCGCUGAGGCGCAAAGAAAGAUUAACAGCAAAUACAGCGAGGAAUUAGCCCAGGAAUGUCUGGAAUGGAUCAAGACAAUUACCGGGGAAAAUAUAAACACCAGCGGAGAUAUGGAUAAUUUUUAUGAAACACUCAAGGAUGGAACUCUCCUGUGCAGAUUGGUGAAUCACGUGCAGGAGGGAUCAGUGAAGAAGAUUAAUCAAUCAACGAUGGCUUUCAAGUGCAUGGAGAAUAUCAAUGCGUUUUUGGAGGUAGCGCGCGGAUUGGGUGUACCUCCCCAGGAGACAUUCCAGACUGUUGAUCUUUGGGAACGGCAGAAUCUUAAUUCGGUCGUUAUUUGUCUCCAGUCCCUCGGGAGAAAGGCUGGCAAUUAUGGUAAGCCGAGCAUUGGACCAAAAGAGGCUGACAAAAAUGUUCGUAAAUUCACUGAGGAGCAGCUGCGCGCUGGGCAAGGUGUAAUUAGCCUCCAAUACGGUAGCAACAAGGGUGCCAAUCAGAGUGGCAUAAACUUUGGAAAUACUCGACACAUGUAAAUCCUGUGUUCCAUCACUCAGCCAAAUUCUCGUUUUAUUUUUCACUUCUUUUUUUCCAAUCGCCAUUGGAGAUGAUAAAUUUUUCGUUUAUUCUAAAUUUUACAAAUUAUCUUGAUAAUUUGGUAUUAUUAUACUGAUAUAUUUUUUUUACUCUUGAAUUGGAAAGAUAUUUUAUCCUCAGUAAGGGUCCACGUGAAUAGUUCAAUGAAUUAGUGUACGUUGGUGCCAUUUUUGGGUUGAAACAUUUCAUAAAAACCGAUGCCCCUGACCAAAUUAACGUAUUACGUAGGAAUAAUGUAAUUCCUAGUAUUUUGCACAAUUGAUCUCGAACGAUCGCUUGAGAAAUUUCGGAGAAAUUUUGGAUGAACACGAACGAGAGAUGAAACGGACAAUGCAUUUCUAUUGUUGAAAAACUGUCAAUUUUCAUGACUUGAAAGCAAUUAUCUUGUGACAAAAUAAUUUGUAGAGCAACCGACGUGGUGCAUAAUUGUUACACGAUGAACUCAGAUUAUUUCAUUUAUCAUAUUACCGUUGAUUUAACGCUUCAGUUGUGUUUGGAAAACUCAUAUGAAAAAAAUAUUAAUUCUAUGCAUUGGAUCCUCAUUUGCACGUCAGUUAUUAUUAUUUCUAAGAAUAUAUAUUGUGUAUGAUACAUAGAGAGCGAUUAACUUAAGUAUUUUGUACAAACAUCUUUUUUGGUGAAUUAUUGAAGGAAAUAUAUAACUUUCAGAUUGUAUUUAAAAGUCUAUCAGGAAUAAAAAAAUUUAUUAGAAAUUAGUAAA